AGUUGGAGCUGCAGUCGUGCUGUGUGUUCCUGCCUAAUGACAGCCUGCCCUCCCCGAGCACCAUCAUCUGCGGGGACAUUCCUGGCACCGUCCGCAGUUGGUACCAUAACCAGGCCUCCAUGCCCGGGACCCUGGUGGUCUGCUUGCCACAGAUCAGUGUGCUCAGUGCCGGGCACAAGUGCAUGGAGCCACUGCAGGAGCUCCCCUUUGUGGUCGCCAAGCCCAUCUUGGAGGAAGGUGAUGCCUUCCCUUGGACGGUUAGCCUGAGUCAGUUCAGUGUGUACACUUUGCUGGGCCAGCAGCAGAGCCUGAGCCUGUUGGAGCCAAUGGGCUGUACCUCCACGCUGGCUGUCACAUCCCAUAAGCUUCAGAGCUGUUCUGAAGGCAGACACUCCUUUAUAGUGUGUCUCCAUGUUGAUCUCCAAGCCGUCCACGUCAAGUGCUGCAACCCUCAGGUCAGUGUGUGUCUGAAUCUCACAGAAUAG